AUGGAGCAUCCUUGUUUCAUCCCGACGGAGACCAACAGCAGCCACACCAGGACCCUAUCAUUCUUUUUGGGUGGCUUUCCAGCAUGGGGAACCACCCAGAUGUGGUCUGCUGUUCCUCUCUGCUCCACGUACCUCCUGGCACUGCUGGGGAACCUGACUGUCCUUUCCAUCAUUAGGGCCGAGCAGAGCCUCCACACACCCAUGUAUCUACUCCUUGCUAUGCUAGCUGUGGCCGACCUGGGCUUGUCCACAUCCACGUUCCCGACCAUGCUGGGGACGCUGUGGCUGGAGACCAGAGAGAUCAGCUUCAGCACUUGCCUUACCCAAAUGUUCUUCAUUCACUCCUUCACGGAUAUUGAAUCUGCUGUCAUUCUGGCAAUGGCCUUUGAUCGCUACGUGGCCAUCUGCCACCCCCUGCGAUAUUCCUCCAUCCUCACCAACUCAGUGACCACCAAGAUAUGUGUGGCAAUCGUCGUGAGGACCACCCUUGUCCAGUUGCCACUCCCAAUCCUGCUGACUCGGCUGUGUUUCACCAGGGUCAGCGAGCUCUCCCAUCCCUACUGUUUGCAUCCAGACAUCAUCAAACAUGCAGGCUCGGAUACGAGGAUUAACAGUAGUUAUGGGCUUUUUGUGCUACUCUCCACACUGGGUUUGGACUUGCUCUUCGUCCUCUUGUCCUACCUACUCAUCCUUAAGACCAUCCUGAACUUUGCAACUUGGAGGGAGCGUCUCAAAGGCCUCAACACCUGCAUCUCACAUAUCUGUGCUGUCCUCCUCUUCUUUAUCCCCAUGAUCUGCCUGUCCAUGAUGCACCGGUUUGGCAAACACGUGUCCCCCCAGGCCUACGUUUUCACAGCCAGCCUCCAUUUCCUUGCCCCACCCAUCCUGAAUCCCAUCGUUUACAGCGUGAAAACCAAACCGAUCCGGAGACGGAUACUGAGGAUGCUCUGCCAAAGAGGGGUCCGCAAAUCCAGGGCUGCCGUUUGCCACUAA